UAACAAUCACGUAAUUUUGAACGCCGGAUCCGCCUAAACGUUAGCGGUGGUUAAGCGUGCGUUUUAUUUUCAACGAGACGCUUGUAACUAAUGUAAACUAUGGCGGCGGCAAAAUACAGCCUGUGGACCGUCCCGAAAUUGAAGGCUGAACUGAGCAUUAAGGGUGCAGUAAUCACAGGACGAAAGGCAGAUCUGAUUGAUAGACUGGUUGCAUAUGACAGAAAUCAUAAUUUCAAACCCCCCAUCAUAGAAAUUCCAGAAGCUAUAGAUAUAGAAUGGCCAAAACAUGGAUAUAAGCAGCCUAUAGCAGAUCAUAGAUUGGUAUUUUCCAAGGUGACCAGAGAGCAAAUUGAUGGCUAUUUUUUAUUUAGAUUAGCAGGCGAUAAGCAGGUGAAUGGCGACAUUAAGGCAUUGGAGAAAGGCAGAGAUUUGCUACAAGCGAAAAAAAUCCUGGCUUGUUCUGUACUUAUUCUUGUUGAUGGUAUUUUUCUAAGUGGUAUUGUUGGUGCAGCCAUGAAAAAACAGGUAUCUUACAACUAUCAUAUCAAACUUGACAAAUCUGGCAGCCCAGUUAAUUCAAAGUGUGAAUGUCCAGCAGGAAAGGGUCCCAAUGCCACCUGCAAGCAUGUUGCUGCAGUGCUGUUAAUGGCUAAUAUUUUCUCUAAUACUGGAGAAAUUUCAAUACAGAAAUCAUGUACAGAAGGUUUACAGACUUUUCAACAACCAAAGACAUAUUACAAUGGUGUUCCAGUGAAAAUUGAAAAAACUUGCUAAAAGGAAACCAACAGAAAUAUUAGAGGACCCAAGACCACAGAAGUACAGAAAUAUGGAAGGGUUUACAGACCAUGUCAGAAACACCAUGAUUAAUUUUUGCUCUCAAUCAUCUCAAGACCUUACACUGAGAUAUAUUUUUCCUGCAGCUGAUAUAGAGACUGCCCAGCUUGAUCAUGACUAUCUGUCGUUACCAUUUGCUGAAUAUUGGGUUGACAGAGCUUUAAUGGUUACAGUACAACAGGCAAAAUUGGCUGAAAAGGAGACAAGAGGGCAAUCCAGCAACAAGAAAUGGUUUUAUUUAAGACAGUGGAGGAUAACAGCAUCUAGGUUUGGAGAAAUUUCAAAGAUGACCACAAGGAGAAAUGUACAAAAACUAUGUGAAUCAUUGUGCUCUCAAAAGUUCCUAAAUGUAAAAUCUGUAUUGCAUGGUAAAAUGUACGAGCAGAAGGCAAUAUCACAGUUUGAACAAAAGUUUCAAUUGAAAUGUCAAACAUGUGGACUGUUUAUUUCUGCUGACAAACCAUUUCUUGGAGCUUCCCCAGAUGCCUUAAUUGGAGAUGAUUGUGUUGUGGAGGUGAAGUGUCCAUAUACAGGACGAGAUGAGAGUAUUGCGCCAGGAGUCAAUUUUUCUUUUUUGGAAUAUGGCAAAGAUAACAAUAUAACAUUAAGAAAAACAUCAAACUAUUACGACCAAAUUCAGGGUCAACUUUUUUUAUCACAGAGAGAACAUUGUUAUUUCAUUGUUUAUACAUUUAAAGACCUCUUUGUUGAGAAAAUUGAAAUUAAUCAUGACUACUGUGUUGGUUGUCUGCUUCCAAAGUUGGAAUUAUUUUACUCCAAACACUUUAGGCCAUAUAUUGCCUCAAUGCUAUAAAAAAUUAAUAAAUUAUUGAGACUUUA